AUGUUUGGGGCAUCACAGGCUACAAAGGCACAAUUUCUAGACAAGGCAAGGCAGGCACGUGAAGAGAGGAAAGGCCUCAAAGAACGAGAGAAGGCUGCAAUAAAAAUCCAGGCUCUUAUUAGACGUUUCCUGUGCAGAUGUCGGCUGCAGAGAGAAAUCAGACAAGAAGUGGAUGUCUUUUUAGAAGGCCCAGAAAAUGGAACAGUCAAGACCAAUGCUCUUUCUGUUUUUCGAAUAGCUCGUAAACUGUUGAUAAUAUUCCGAUUACAGGAGGACAGAGUGAGAUUUGAAAAACUUUGCCGCUGUAUUCUUAACAGUAUGGAGUGUGAGAAUGAGCCCAAGGUGUGGUUUGUGUCUCUUGCACUGUCCAAAGACCUUACACUUUUGUGGAUAAAACAAAUUAAAGACAUCUUAUGGAUAUGCUGUGAGUUUCUGAAGACACUGAAACCGGACAUCCUGCAGGACUCCAAAAUGAUCACUCUCUACCUCACCAUGCUAGUCAACUUCACAGACACCUCCACCUGGAAGAUAUUUAGAGGGAAAGGAGAAAGCUUGAGACCAGCAAUGAACCAUAUCUGUGCAAACAUAAUGGGUCACCUCAAUCAGAAAGGCUUUUACUCAGUGUUACAGGUACUGAACCAUAGCAUAGACUAG